UUUAAGAAUAAAACUGUUGAAUUUUGAGUUUCUCCGACGGUUAUCUUGCCUCCUCUGAGUCCUCUCUUACUUCUUCCUCCGAUUCAGAGGGAAAGAUGUCCGCAGCUGACGACGGUGACCUUCCGAAUAUUGCGCCUUCUUCCUCUGGCGGAUUGAACUCGGGUUUUGAAACCGUUUCUCCCGCCAGUGUUUUCCAGUCCGUUUCCCCUCGUUCAAGGAGGUCUGGCGACGGCGGUCUUGGAACCUAUGCCGGUGUUCAGAGUUCUGCUCAUGGCUGGGACUGUUCUCCAGUCUUUUCCGAAGGGAGAGAGCAGAACCUUGAAAUGUUUAAGGAGACGAAUCUUGGACACAAUCGUUCUCCUAGGGUUGCCGGAAAGUCAAUAGAGAGAAUAACGAAGAACAUUGACCACGGUGAUCUCACGGUGGAAUCAUCAGAUUCGUCAGGGCCACCAUCGCCAUCGAAAGUCAAAAUAGAGCCGAAGGAACUCGUCCCAUUCCUGACUUCUUUUCAUCCCAACGGACAGCCAAAAUUCAAUCUUGUAUCACGAAGGAGCAACGGACGGUUGACGAAAUUCAAGGUGCCGGUCCCUAUAGAGGAGCGAAGAACUGUUUUACAGAGCUACAGAUCAGAUGGUAAACUGAGUAUAUCGUUAGCAAAGUACAGUGAUCAAGAAGAAGAAGAAGAAGAAGAAGAAGAAGAAGAAGAAGAAGAAGAACAGAGGAAAGAGGAUACAAGUGGAAGCAGGGGAGAAGAGUGAAAGACUCUGAUUUCCUUCAUUCUCCGAUUUCGGCAGAAUGCAGACGGUAGAAUUGCUUAUCUCCGGUUUUUUUCUUUUAUAAUGUUAGGAAUUAGAUCGGAAAAGUUCUCUGAUUCUUCUUCUUCUGCUAUUUCUUUCAAAUUUUUUAAAUUGUGAAUUUAGGUUGUGAAUAACAUGAAUUUUUCUUU